CUCCUCACUGUUCAGAUUGCAAUCAUAUCAUGAAUGAAGUAACAACCAACACAUUGACAACUACAUUUCUCCUACCACCUCACCUUCUUUUGGGAAAGUGAGUUCAUGGAUCUUCUCUUUCCCAACUCCCAACCUAAUCUUUCUCACUGGAACCGAAAAGAUUGCGAUUUCAUCCUUUCUGUUCUUCCAGAGAUGAGCAUCGAAGCCUUGAUGGUCGCCUUCGUCCUCCAGUUUUUGUGAGGUUCUCAGUGAAUCUGCUCUUCUUCAGCUCAUCUUCUUCUCGCUGACACAAAAAAGACAGAAACUUGGUGCUCCGAUUCUUCUGCUGGCAAAAUCUUCACUUUUUCUGUGGUUGUUCUGCAGAAUGGACACCAAAAUCUUCAUGAUCUCCUUCGCUCUUCGAGUUUUUCCGAGAUUCCUUGUGAAAUCCAGCGUUCUGGUGUCAUAAUUUCUCACCGGACAUUGAAAAGAUUGCAACUUUGUAUUGAGAUCUUAUCGGACAACAAAAGCACCUCCUCCUUUUCUUCGCCUUCGCCAUGGCGAUCAAAUACUUCAUGGUGCCCUUCGCUCUCGCCUGCCUUCUCCUCUCACUCCUCAUCAUCCCCUUGGUCCUUUCCAAAUCCGCCACCUUCUUCUACAAAUCUGAGCACCUGCGCGGCGCCCCGAAAUCCUACCCGGUCGCCUUUGCCUACCUCAUCUCUGCAUCACCCGGCGACGUUUCUCGCCUUGAGCGCCUUCUCCUGGCAAUCUACCACCCAGGGAACCGCUACCUCCUCCAUCUGGACCUCCACGCGCCGCCGAAGGAGCACGCCCAGCUCGCCGAGUUCGUCGCCAAAACCGAAGCUUUUUCGCGAUUCGGCAACGUAUGGAUCGUCGGCAAGUCGAAUCCGGUCACCUACCGCGGCCCCACCAUGCUCUCCACCACGCUCCACGCCAUGGCCAUCCUCCUCCGCCUCGGCCACUGGGACUGGUUCAUCAACCUCAGCGCCGCCGACUACCCCCUGAUCACCCAAGACGAUCUAAUUGUGGCAUUCUCUACCUUGCCUAGAGAUCUCAACUUCAUAGAACACACCAGCCACUUGGGCUGGAAGAUAAAGAAGAGAGCAAGGCCUAUCAUUAUAGAUUCUGCACUGCAUAGCCACAACAAAUCGGGCAUCAUUUGGUCUGCGAACCAAAGAGGCCUUCCCACUGCCUUCAAGCUCUACACAGGUUCUGCUUGGACUAUACUCUCCAGGUCUUUUGCCGAGUACUGCAUCCUGAGCUGGGACAACCUUCCGAGGAACCUCCUCCUUUACUACACCAACUUCAUCUCCUCGCCGGAGGGCUACUUCCAGACGGUGAUAUGCAACUCCAAGGAGUUCCGAAACACGGCGGUGAGCCACGACCUGCACUACAUCUUGUGGGACAACCCCCCGACGCAGCACCCCAUGACCUUGGGCCUCAAGGACUAUAGGAGGAUGAUCCUGAGCAGUGUGCCGUUCGCGAGGAAGUUCAAGAAGAACGAUCCGGUGCUUGAUAAGAUCGACCGCGAGCUCCUCCGACGGAGGAAGGGAGUGUUCAGCAAGGGAGGUUGGUGCUUGGAUGAUAAUGGAGGCGCUUGCUCUGCCUCUGUUGAUGGUGGAUUGAGCUAUGGUGUUCUCAAGCCUGGUGCAGGCGCUAGGAGACUGAAGGCUCUACUGACGAAGCUGGUGGCUACAGGGAACUCUAGGAAAAGGCAAUGCCGCUAAAUUCUGUUAGAGGAUUGGGCAUGCAGAUUGAAUUUUGGGGCUGAGGAAGUUUGUGUUGUAGAAUGAAGUGCUGAUUUUUUUUUCUUUUUCUUUUUACCUUUUCGAGAGUGAAAUCAUCAAAUCAACACUUGUAUAAUUCAAUUAUACUAGGCCAUCUUUAUAUCAACUAA